AUGACCAACAUUGGCGACCGGGAGAUCAUACUGCCCACCCACACUAUAUUAGGCAUGUGGGUCGAAGGCGAUAUGGUACCGCGAACCCAAGGUUUGGUGACAGUCGGGUCGGGGAAGUACAAGGAAUGGCAAACUCUGGCAUAUGAGGCUACGACGGAUCGAGUGAACGAACUCCCGAAAGAACCGAUCGGACCAUUGGUAGAUCGUCCUACGUAUGCCGCUCCCAAACGCAUCUUGAAACGUCCGUCUGAUGCGUUACAGAACCUGUCUCCGGCGAUCUCCACGGUAACGCCGCAAGCUAACGAUGACGAUUCGCAAAAGGCAGAUGCUGUAGUUGCGAGGGAAGUAACGGUCAGGGGAGCCGAACUAUCGCGGAUGGAGAACGGUCAUGAGAUCGGUACCCAACAUGCAACGAAGGGAGACCGCGACACCGGUCAAGAAGGGCUACGUGACAGAUCGUUUCUACCGAAGGCUGAGCCGACUGACCGACUGUUGAAAUUGGGCCAGCCGGAAGAGACGAAGGAGCCUAAAGAAGAAAUAAUGCUAAAUACUGAAGACGUCGAGAUUGCAGAAAUACCAGUUUAUCACCACGAGAGCGGAGAUUUGUUUGCGGAAGAUAUCGAGCAGCAUAUGGCCGUGCUACCAGAGAUGUCGGCGACUACGGAAGAAGUUACGAUUGAGGACAUUCAGAUCGGUGAUCCCGAUGUGCCUCUCACCACAGAUCAACAACGGCUCAGAUCGCUGAUCUGGAAGAGCCGUCACCUCCUCAUGGGUAAAGGUAAUGCUCUACCACCCGCAGCACGAGGCGCGAUCUGUGAUAUUGAUGUCGGUGGGGCAGCACCGAUAGCGCAAAGAGUGCGUCCGGUCGCAUCCAAAUAUCGGGAGAAGCUGUCAGAUCUCAUCAAAGGACUAUUAGCAGCCAAAAUCGUUCAGCCAUCCACGUCACCUUGGGCGUCUCCGAUAGUGGUGAUCAUCAAGAAGAACGGAGUGGAUAUUCGCCUUUGCAUUGAUUAUCGAAGAGUUAACCAGCUGACGCGUCUGAUGGUUUUAUCCCAUGCCGUUGAUCAGCGAUCUGUUGGAAGAUCUGGAUAA